AUGUGGAGCGGACUGUUACCUCCAGGGCUGAAUGAAAGUGAUGUUGAAUUAAGUUCUGAUGAUGGAGAUGAAUUGCAUAGUUCCUUUUCAAAGGAAGAUGCAAAAGAAGACACUGAAAGAGUUCAGCUUCCUGAAUCCCAGAAUGGACCUGAAAGUGCUGCCACCAGUGAGCCCGUUGCGAUAUCGGUGACAGAUGGAGAAAAUGAAUCUCAAACAUGCCCUUCUGGAGUUCCUUUACAUAUGUGGAAUAAAUUUUUGGAGCUUCAGAAAAAAAAUCGUGAAAUGAAAACCCAAGAAAAGCAGGAAAACAAAAGGCGAAAAAGAAAGCGGCGCAGAAAAGAAAAAGAGAAGAAGAACGAUGAAGUGACUAAGAGUAGCCAACAGUUGGUAAAUGAAGACAAAUGGAAAGAACUUACCCAGUACUUUGGAAUCAAUGAUAGAUUUGAACCACCUGUGAAUAGCAGAGCUCCACAAAAGUCUGGCCUUGAACUCAGCAUAGAGAAGUCUGUGGCUGAAGGUGACAUUGAUAAGGCUGAGGAGCUGAGUGACAGAUUAGCCACUCGUGAGCUUGGUGUGAAAAUUGCCAAAGCUGCUGCUUGCCGCAACUUUGUGAAAGCCAAGCAAGAAGCAGAGGCUGCCCAAGAAGCUCGAAAGAAAAAGAAGCUUGCUUGGGGAUUUGAAGCCAAGAAAAGAUGGGAAACAAAAAGCAACAUGGGAUACAUGUAA